UAGACCGAGCUCUUUCGCAAGGUCGUAUCUCGAUUUUACGCAAUUUCUGGUUCUUUUUUUAAAUACUCAUUCUGGAGUUCCAGAACUUGACCAGCGUUCAAGCACAAAAUUGCGUAAAAUCGAGAUACGACAUUGCGGAAGAGAUCGGUCGAUAUGUGGCAUAUAAACGCGCGUCAGUUUUUCUUCCGAUUAAUUCAGACACAUUCUCGUAUCUUAAAUUGCAUUCGGUUUGAAAGAAAAUUUCAAAAGUGAAUUUUUUAUUUAUGUAAGUUUUCGCACAAACGGGUAAGAUUACGGCUCCAAAGGAUUGAAGUUAUUGAGUAUUAAAAUUAUACUUCGAUGUAUAACCUGUUUGUGAUAAGCGCAAUUCUGUGAAUUUCUUAUCUCUGGCUAAAAGUGGUUAUCGGUGAAGUGAAAAAGCACGUUUCAAAGCGACGAUGAAUCGAGAACAUAACGCAAACUAUGAAGAUCGCAUUGAAUUUACGAUCGCUUUAAUGACAAAAGAUUACGAGAAGGCUCGCGACGUUGGAAAUAGACUGCUGGAGCAAAACCGGGACGACGUAGGCGUUACCCGCGCUCUUAAUAUUCUGAAGCACAAAAUACGCGGAGGAUACCAAGGGUCAAGUUUAAUUGAAUUUAAACGCGAAGGAAGUGACGCGACCGGUGGCGACGAUACUGAUAUUAUAGACAACAAUGCUGACACGGGUCGAUUAAAUAAUGAAGUCAAGACUCAUCAUGAUUUUAAGAGGAAAAUGCAUAGAGUAAUAGCAAUAAAGUCCAAUCGAAGAGUUGCGCAAAUAAAGGAUUUGGAGACGUGUUAAAAAUCGGCAAUAUACCGGUACACUGAGAAAAAUUUCCAUCGAAUAGACAAAUUAAAUAGUA